AUGGAAAAACCACCCAAAUCACCCAACAUACUAUCGGAACCACCGGACGACACUGUCAUGGAAGAAGAAGCUAACCAACAACACUCCUACAAGGAAAUGCUGCUGGACAAACAAAGCACUACACAAGCGGAUUAUUUCACUACAGAAACUCAAUCCACUUUAACACAAGAAAAAGGCAAGGAAGCAAUAGGACCUAUAGUACUCUCACAAGAGGACAAAAACAGGCUCUAUGAACCAGGGUGCUACUCAGUUAUCAUAAAGCUAUUCGGCAAGAAAAUGCCACACUACCUUCUCCGAUCUAAACUAGUUGACCUAUGGAACCCAUCCGAACAGUUAAUCUUGAUUGACCUAGGAUGGGAUUUUUUCAUAGUCAAAUUUAGUAAAGAGGAGAAUCUAGUGAAAGCUAUACAAAAAGGGCCUUGGUUCAUAUCAGGGAAUUUCCUCUCAGUAAGAAGAUGGGAACCCAAAUUCGUCCCACAGGAAGCAACCUUAUCUUUCACUGCAAUCUGGGUAAGACUACCACAACUACCAACAGAGUUCUAUGAUAAGGAAGUCCUCGAAAAGGUGGGCAGGAAAUUAGGAAAGCUUCUAAAAAUUGAUACAUGCACCUCAGCCACUCUCAGAGGAAGAUAUGCAAGGAUAUGCAUUCAGGUACCCUUGGAAACACCAGUUGCUACCUCAGUCACAAUAGGGGAUCAUAAACAGUUGGUGCUCUAUGAAGGAGAAAACGUUCUAUGCACUGGCUGUGGGAGGAUAGAGCACAUCUUGAAAGGAUGCCUACACAGACAAAGACAACAACAAUCACAAAAUUCAGACAGCCCAGAAAUGCUCAAAUACUAA